UAGCUAUUUUCUCCAACAAAGGCAAAUUACAAUAUCCUACUCUGUUUUCUGAGUAUUUUGGAACAUCUGAGCUAGAGAAAAAUGUCUCUGUCUGGUAAGAUGGAGGGAGAGGUAGAAAUUAAGGCUCCAGCUGAGAAGUUUCGUGAGAUCUUCAGCGGCCGACCACACCACAUAUCCAAUGUCUCCCCUGGGAAAAUACAGGGUUGUGCUUUGCAUGAAGGUGACUGGGGCACUGAGGGCUCUGUCAUCUACUGGGAUUAUGUACAUGAUGGGAAAGCUAAAGUUGCCAAGGAGAUAGUGGAAGCAAUAGAUGAAAAAAACCACUCGGUGACAUUCAAAGUGGUAGCGGGAGAUCUGAUGGAGGAGUUCAAGAGCUUCAAAAUCGUUUUUCAAGCCACACCAAAGAGUGAGGGCAGCGUGGUUCAUUGGACCUUUGAAUAUGAAAAGCUGAGCGCGGAUGUUCCGGAACCCAACACUUUGCUGCAAUUUGUGCUUGAUCUCAGCAAAGACAUCGGCUCUCACCUUUCCCAGUGAUGAUAAAGCAAAAAUAUGGCUGCAUGUGUUGCACUACAUGCAGAUCAGUACUGUGUGCUUCUACAUAUGUAAAGAGGCUAGAGUGUUGGGGGUGCAAUGUUCUCUACUAUAUUAUAUUAUAUUGUAUAUAUAUAUAUAUGCAGGUAAAUUUUAAUUUCGUGUGGGCAUGCAGUGGGCUUGCUGAAGCCUACAGGCAUCCGUAUGAUUAUGCAUAUAUGGGUGAUAUGUACUAUAUGAUCUCUGAAUAAACAUAUAUAUGGCGUUGGAAUAUG